AUGAGUAGGCAGUGUGAAGUAUGCAACAAGCCCGCCCAUGGCAACCACUUUGGAGUCAAUACAUGUCGGGCGUGUGCAGCAUUUUUUAGGAGAUCCGUCGUACAAUGUCGAAAAUACCAAUGUAGGAAAGCUAAUGGAACUUGCUUUUUGACUGAAAAAGAGAAUUUCAUCUGUAGAUUUUGCCGAUACCAGAAGUGUAUCGCACUCGGGAUGACGCCUGAAAUUGAGUUACAGUACUCCUCAAUUAUCUUCGAUUGCUAUCCAUUUCAAGCAAAGUUACUACAGUUUCAAGAAAAAGUGGACUUCUUCCAAGGACUACCCACAUGGGAAAGGCAUCUGUACGAAAUAGCAAAAUGGAUGAUGAAUUGUCAAGAUUUCGCAGAGCUCCCUCUAGAAGACAAGACAUUGUUCAAAACCUCUUGGACUCUUUGGCAAAGGUUCGAGCGACUACAAAUGACAGUGCAAGUUUUCGGGGAGCAAUGCGCCACUUGCACUACUCCACCUCCGUCAGAUUUCAUUUCAUCAUUCUAUUUUUAUACUUUCAAGGAUCAUAAAUUAUUCAGUAUGUUCGACAACUUCGGUUAUCGGCUAACUGACGAUGUGAGGCGGCCGCUGUUAGAAAUGAACCUGGACAAAUACGAAUUAUCCUACAUACUUUGUGCACUGGUAUGGCAUGUUGAAGGUAAGCACCAGCUGAUCGCGAAGGUAAGCGCUAUAGGGAGCUGUAACCAAAUUUCGGAUGAGCUACAUGAGCAUUACACUUAUGACCUGAAGAUGCCCAACUAUGCUGCAAGGUUAACAAAAAUAAUGGAAAUAAUAUCAUCCCAAAUUCACUGGGGGAGAAAAAUUUGCAAAUCAUUUCAGAAAGCUCAGCAUCAACGAACAAAAUUGAUGGAACUGGCUAGAAUAUUUGAUGUUUUCAAAUACGAUUUGUCUGAGAAAGGAUUCCUCAUUUGCUAG